AUGAUUUUGAAAGCAUUCCAUGUUUGUCUGUCAACAAUUCUAUUCAUUUAUAGUUUAACAGCAAAUGCUAUUGAAACUACACCAGUGGGUACAAUUGCUAUGUAUGCAGGUAUAGAUCCACCAUCGAAUUGGUUAAGAUGUGAUGGUUCAAAUGUAUCCAGAAAAACUUAUGCAACAUUAUUUGAUGUAAUUGGUACUUUAUAUGGUGUUGGCGAUAAUGUAAACACAUUUACAUUACCUGAUUUCCGUGGUCGAUUUCCAUUAGGGUUAGAUCGUAAUCAAAAUCAAAAGGUUGGUGCGAAUCAAGGGGGAAAUUCAAAUCAUACACUAACAGAAUCUGAACUACCUUCACAUCAACAUAAUCAAGGAACAUUACUGAUUUCAGAUAGUGGAAUUCAUACACAUGCAUAUGAUGAUCCAGGACAUAAUCAUGGUGGUCAAACAGGUGACAGUGUCAUGGGAGGUGGUGAUAGAGGUAUGAUACGUGGUGGUGGUGCACAUGAUUAUGGACGACAUACACAUACAAUUAACACUGAUACAGUACGUAUACAAAUUCGUAAUAGUGGAACUCAUUCACAUAAUAUAACAGGUUUAACAGGCUCAACUGGUACAAAUCAAUCAUUUAGUUUAAUGCCACCAUGGCAAACAAUUGAUUUUAUUAUCUAUACAGGAAAUAAAUAA